AUGUCGUCGCAACCCAAGGAGUGCGAUUACCUAGUAAUCGGAAUUGGCAGCGGUGGUAUUGCCUCUGGACGACGAGCCGCCAAACACGGCGCAAAAGUCAUUGCGAUCGAAUCUUCACGAUACGGAGGUACCUGCGUAAACGUCGGUUGUGUGCCGAAGAAGGUUACUUGGAACGCAGCAGCGAUUGCCGAGACCUUCAAGGAUGCGUCCGCAUACGGUUUCAAGGUUGGCGGGGUACCGGAGUUCGACUGGCCAUACUUCAAGAAGAAGCGAGACGACUACGUCAAGCGGCUGAACGGCAUCUACGAGAACAACCUGAACAAGGACGAGAUUGAGCACUUCAGAGGGCGCGCGAAGUUUGUGGCCAAGGACGAAGUCGAGGUUGCGCUUCAUGAUGGAGGCUCCCAGCGCAUCAAGGCGAAGCACAUCCUCAUCGCGACCGGUGGACGACCGAAGCUACCCGAUAUUCCUGGCAAGGAACUCUGCAUCAGCAGCGACGGCUUCUUCGAUCUCGAGAAGCAGCCCAAGAGCAUUGCAACGAGUGGCGCUGGAUACAUCGGUGUCGAGAUGACUGGCAUGCUUCACGCACUCGGCUCGAAAACACACUUCUUCAUCCGCGGCGACAAGCUCCUCCGAACCUUCGACCCCAUGAUCCAAGAUACCGUAACUCAAGAGUACGAGCGUCAGGGCAUCAACCUCUACAAGGGUACACAGAUUACAAAGGUUGAGGAUAUUGGCAACGGCAUGAAGCGCGUCACCUACCAGAACAACGAGACAAAGAAUGAGUCGACCGUUGAAGUCGAAGAAGUUCUCUUCGCAACUGGACGUGACCCCGAAAUUGAAGAUCUCAAGAUCAAGGACUUCGGCAUCAAGCUCAACGACAAGAACCACAUCGUGACCGACGAGUACCAAAACACCUCUAUCCCCAACAUCUACGCCAUCGGUGACGUAUGUGAUCGCGGUUUCGAACUCACCCCCGUCGCCAUCGCCGCUGGAAGACGCCUCUCCGACCGCCUAUUCAACAACCAGCCCAAGGCACACCUCGAAUACGAGAACAUUCCCUCUGUCGUCUUUGCCCACCCAGAGAUCGGCUCUAUCGGUCUAACGGAGCCCGAGGCCCGCGAGAAGUACGGCGACAAGAUCAAAAUUUACAAGACCGAAUUCAAGGCCAUGUACUUCGCUAUGAUGGACCCCGAUGAGAAGCAGCCCACAGCUUACAAGAUCAUCUGCGCGGGCGAAAACGAGAAGGUCGUCGGUCUGCAUAUCUUGGGACAGGGAAGCAGCGAGAUCCUGCAAGGGUUCGGUGUGGCGAUCAGGAUGGGUGCCACGAAGAAGGACUUUGACAACUGUGUGGCUAUCCACCCCGUGUCGGCCGAAGAACUCGUCACCAUGACUUAG